AUGAAAGCCUACCCUUUCACGUCCACCACCACAAUGCGACAGAACUGCGGAGGAAGCGUUAUGUUUAACAUGUAUCUCUCAGAUCCUACGGAAAAUCUACUCAAGGAAACCAAAAGCUCUUCUUGGACCCCCAUCAACACAGGUGUACAAAAAGGGAGUGGACAAAUCCAGCUGUGGCAAUUUCUUCUGGAGCUUUUGUCAGACAGCACCAAUAUGUCAUGCAUCGCCUGGGAGGGGACCAAUGGAGAGUUUAAACUGAUAGACCCGGACGAGGUCGCCAGACGCUGGGGGGAACGCAAGAGUAAACCGAACAUGAACUAUGAUAAACUGAGUCGAGCUCUGCGCUAUUACUACGACAAGAACAUCAUGACGAAGGUGCACGGAAAGCGAUACGCUUACAAAUUUGACUUUAACGGCCUGGCGCAAGUGUGCCAGCCUUCUUCCACAGAACAAGCCAUUUAUAAAUUCCAGAGUAACUUCGCUCCUAUCCAGUUUUCAGGUAUUUCGAAGCUCAAUCUAGUUGCUCCGGGGGUUGGUCCAUCAGGGUUCUCUUACUGGCCCGGAUCUCCUCCAACACUAUACCACAGCCACAACCUACAACCACCCGGACCAUUCGGUGCCGUUUCUGCGUCUCAUUUAAGUUGCGUUAACAAUAUCAAUAGUUUAAAUAACCUGAAUAAUAUUAAUAAUCACUAUAACUAA